AUGUCGAAUUUCCAAUCGGCAAAAGGGGCGGGCGGCUCGAGCAAAGAGGCGCCGGGUCUACGGUACCCGACAAAUGGCAAGACCAUCUACCACCGGCCGUUGAACCGAACCAAGACGGCCGAGCUCAGCGGCGCCGCCUUUGCGUACCUGUUCUCUGAGAUGGUGGGCUAUGCAUCCAACAAGAUUGCAAGCAUUCAGGACCUCGAGAAGCGACUCAACACCGCCGGCCACCCGAUCGGCCUCAAACUGCUCGACCUCCUGCUGCACCGCGAGCCGGCGCGAACCCAGACACGGCCGCUGACCAUAAUCCAGCUCCUGCACUUUAUCAAACUGAACCUCUGGCAGCACCUCUUUGGCCGGGCGGCCGACGGCCUCGAGAAGUCCUCGGACCCGUCCAAGCCCGACGAGUACAUGAUCAUCGACAAUGAGCCCCUGGUGAACCGCUACGUCAGCGUGCCGCGCAACAUGGACCAGCUCAACUGCGCCGCCUACGUGGCCGGCAUCGUCGAGGGCGUCUGCGACGGGAGCGGUUUCGCGGCCCGCGUCUCGGCCCACACUGUCCGCCAGCCUGGUGAAGAGGAAGGUCGCGAAAUGUGGCCCGGCCGUACCGUCUUUCUUGUCAAGUUUGCCCCCGAGGUCAUGGAGCGCGAGGGCUUCUUGGGCAAAAGCUAG